UAGACCUGUACGAGAACACAAGGCUCACCCAAAGUUGAAACUGAACCUCUAACGAGCGAAUAACAAUGAACACAACAACACUCUCAGCAUCAAAACAAUCAAAUCUACUCCGUCUCGUAAAACCCAACUCCUCCACCACUCUCCCAUCUCUCCUCCUCCGCCAUCUCUCCUCCUCCGCCACCGACCCACCACCACCGGAACCACCACCACCACUUCCCAACUCCACACUCACAACCCAGAUACUGAAUCUCCUUCAAACCCACGAAAUCGAUUGGAACAACAACAACGAUGAGCUUCGACAACUCCUCUUCUCCUCCACUGACUCUCCCCACUCCUUCUCUCUCUACAAAAUCACCCGUAGUUUGGGCACCGCCACAAAAGCUCUCAAUUUCUUCGAAUUCUUUCGAACCCAAUCGCCAUCGCCACCAGACCCUUCUUCUCUCUCUUCUUCAUUCCAGGCCAUCUUCGAGCUCGCUAGUCAACAACCCAAUCCACCCACCAAGCUCUCUGAACUUCUCACCAUUUCGAAAGAUCACAACAUUCCUCUUAAUUUCAGCUCCGCAACCCUCCUCAUCCGAUGCUUCGCCCGAGCCGGACUGGUCGAGAAAUCGGUUCUUAUCUUCAAAGAACUCGACCCAGAUUUGAAAAACACACAUAUAAGUAAUUUAAUUGUGGAUAUUCUUUUGAGAGCUGGGCGGGUUGACGAUGCAUUCCAAGUGUUUGAUGAAAUGCUCAAGCCUGAUUCGGAGUCUCCACCCAAUGAAAUUACUGUUAACAUUGCUAUGGCUGGGUUAUUGUGGAGGGAUAGGACUGGGAGGAGUGUGAGUGAUGAGGAAAUUAUUGGGUUGGUUUCAAAAUUCGGCGAAUGUGGUGUUUUUCCUAGUGUGGUGAGGCUUACCCAAUUAAUCACCAAGCUUUGUAGGACUGGGAAGAGUGAUCGUGCUUGGGAUGUCAUACAUAAUGUGAUGAAAUUGGGUGGUGAUGUUCAAGCUCCGUCGUGUAAUGCCCUUUUGGCAGGGUUGGGUAGACAACAGAAUUUUCAGAAAAUGAACAAACUUUUGGCGGAGAUGAAGGAAAAUGGUAUUCAGCCUGACAUUAUAACGUUUGGAAUUCUUGUUAAUCAUUUGUGUAAGUUUCGUAGGGUUGAUGAGGCAUUGGAGGUGUUUGAGAAGAUGAGUGGAGAACGUGAAAGUGAUGAUGGGUUUUCGGUUAAACCUGAUACAAUUCUCUACAAUACUCUGAUUGAUGGACUCUGCAAAGUGGGGAGGCAAGAACAGGGCUUGGGUUUGUUGGAGAAGAUGAAAUUGGAGCAAGGAUGUGCACCUACUACUGCUACCUAUAAUUGUUUGAUUGAUGGGUUUUGCAAAUCUGGUGAAAUUGGGAGGGCACACGAGCUUUUUGAUCAGAUGAACAAGGAGGGAGUACCACCAAAUGUGAUUACCCUCAACACUUUGGUUGAUGGAAUGUGUAAGCACGGACGAAUCAAUAGUGCAAUGGAGUUCUUUAAUGAAAUGCAAGGGAAAGGACUGAAAGGGAAUGCUGUUACUUACACCGCCUUGAUUAAUGCUUUUUGCAAUGCCAACAAUAUCGACAAGGCAAUGCAAUUGUUCAAUGAAAUGUCAAAAGCCGAAUGUUCACCCGAUGCAAUCGUGUACUACACCUUGAUAUCGGGUCUGACUCAGGCUGGAAAAUUGGAUGAUGCAAGCUUUGUUGCGACAGUUAUGAAAAAAGCGGGUUUCUGUUUGGAUAUUAUGAGCUACAAUAUUCUGAUUGGUGGGUUUUGCAGUAAAAAUAAAUUGGAUAAAGCUUAUGAGAUGCUAAAGGAGAUGGAACAAGCUGGAGUGAAGCCCGAUGGCAUCACAUACAACUCAUUGAUUUCAUAUUUCAGCAAAAAUGGCGAUUUCAUGACUGCCCAUAGAGUGAUGAGGGAGAUGAUCAGUGACGGGCUUGUCCCCACUGUUGUUACUUGCGGGGCACUAAUUCACGCUUAUUGUUUGGUGGGAAAACUUGAUGAAGCGAUGAAAAUCUUUAGGGACAUGAAUUCUGGUUUGAGGGUUCCUCCAAACACAGUCAUAUAUAAUAUUCUGGUUGAUGCUCUAUGCAAGAAUAGGAAAGUUGAAGUUGCUCUGUCCCUUAUGGAUGAUAUGAAAGAUAAAGGGGUGAGACCAAAUACCAACACAUUCAAUGCCAUGUUAAAAGGUCUUAAGGAAAUCAAUUGGUUGGAGAAAGCAUUCGAACUUAUGGAUCAGAUGACUGAACAUGCCUGUAAUCCUGACUAUAUCACCAUGGAAAUUCUUAUUGAUUGGCUCCCUGCUGUCGGUGAAACAGAAAAAUUAAGGAGUUUUGUGCAAGGAUACGAAGUUUCAGCCUCGACUGCAUAGAAUGGUAAAAUUAUUUCAACGUUAGGAACAUGUAGAUGCUCUGUUCUAUUGGCUAAUUUUUCUGGGCUACAUGGAUGAAUUUCACACUAUGCAUACAAUUCUGUGGGCUUCAUCUUCUCAUACAGUGUAAGUCAAGCGUUACAAUUACAUUGUGAUGCAAGUUCUUAAGUUAUUUUCAUCUGAUUUUGUGAUUUGCAAAUUUAAAAUUAUGUGAUAACUGCCAAGUUAAAUUAAAAUGAUUUUUUUUUUUUUGGGUGUGACAAUAACUAGUAAUAGAGUUUACUGCAAGUUUGAGGUUCAGUUUCAU